UUUCGUAGCACCAGCCGCGCGUAGUCCACGUAGCGGCUACGUCUCGUAGCCAGUACUGUUCAUUUGUCGGUGUAUGUGGUAUUUGGUGUAAUAGUUUGUAACGGAUGUGUGUAUUAUUUAGUGCGGUACUCGAAUGAUGUGUGUGUUGGAUACAAGGAGUUCCGUGCUCGCCGUUAAACCUGUUUGAUGGUUCGGAAAAAUGGUAAUAGCAGAAUUACAAAUAUGGCGUUUACUAGAGCAUUAUAUCAAAAGUACAAUUUAUUGACAUUCUUCUGAAAUGCGACGACGCUCCAACCAGUUAUUCAAGAUGAAAUGGCGACAGACUGGCAGCAUGGGCAUACAACUAGCGGCGGCCAUAUUCUGCAUGCUGCCUCUCUACACAUCCUCCACGGGAGACAUACGGCACCACGGCAUAUCAAGAGCUCGCGGUUGGCGCGCAGGCGUGCAGCCGUCCGCUGACGUCACAGCGAACAACACGGUCAGCAACAUCACAGCACAGCUGGGCGGCACUGCAUACCUCCACUGCCUCGUCGGACACUUGAGCGAGAGAGGGCAAGUGUCUUGGAUCAGAAAACGCGACUGGCAUAUCCUGAGCUCCGGGAAGUUCACAUACACCAAUGACGAGAGGUUUCAGGUCUUACACGGGGAAGGGUCUGAAGACUGGACCCUACAAAUCAAGUUUGUGCAGAAGAGGGAUAAUGGCACUUAUGAAUGCCAGGUGUCAACCAGAACGGGCAUCGUAUCCCACUACGUUCGACUGCAGAUAGUGGUGCCCGAAGCCUUCAUCCUCGGGUCAGGGGAGCACCAUGUGGACAUGGGCAGCGUCAUCCAUCUCAUCUGCAUUGUUGAAAAGAGCCCAACACCACCGCAAUACGUAUUCUGGUACCACAACGACCGUAUGAUCAACUAUGACGCGACGCGGGGCGGGAUCACAGUGGAGACUGAGCCUGGAGCCCGCACGCAGUCCCGGCUCACGGUGCGCGGAGCCACGCUGAAGGACUCAGGGAACUACACGUGCAGCGCGAGCAACACUGAGCCCGCUUCCAUUCAUGUCUUCGUUUCGGAAGGCAGCAACAAGAUGGCGGCUAUACUCCGACGCAACACUAGCGCCAUCCACGGUAUCACGACCAGUGGCACCUGUCUGCUGCUCCUAACCUCAAUAUUGCUGCACUUCGGCCUCCGAUGACGUUAGUGCGGGACGCCAGAUAUUUAGGCACUGUAUGAGAGAAAGGGACAGAUAUAGGACGCGUGUUUCGUUUUUUUGAGGGGUUUUUAAUAAUUUUUAAUUUAUGUGAUUCUGUUUUUGUUGUAUAGAUAAACUUGAUAUCAAGAUUUGGAUUAUUUGUGGUAUUUGGAUUAAUUGUAUACUGUAGUAAUGCAAAUCCAGUUGUGAAGCAGUCAGUCAUUGAGACGAUCAAGCGAAUAAACAGAUCGGUUUUUAUCUAUACAUACAUACCGUCAUACCUAUAUAUAAAAAUCAAUUGCUGAUCAUUAGGCUCGCUAAAACUCGAGAACGGCUGGACCGAUUUGGCAAAGAUUUUGAACUAUUUAUGGAAGUCCGGGGAAGGUUAAAAAGGUAGGAAAAAAUGUUUGUGACGGUACGAAGUUUGCCGGGUCAGAUAGUAUUGUAUAAAAAACUAAAAGAAGAUUUUAACAUGGUAUAAUUCAAAAUACGUAAACCCAAACAUUUACCCAACUGAUUAAAAAGAGGAUUAUGUUAGUUUUCUUUCAAAAAUCUAAAUGUCAGAAAGUCCUCAUACAGUGCCAACAUAGAAAAUUAAUUUAAAAAAUAAAUAAUAAUAAUAAACCAAUCAUUGAAUUGUAAUAUAAGGUUUAUUAUAACAUUACAUUAUGAAAUAAUAAGUUUACAUAACAAAUAUAAAGACGUAACUUAGUUACUUAUUACUUAAAUUAAAAUUUAAUAUAGGCAUGAUAUUGUACAGAUUAUUAUUGAGACAAUUAUUAGUUAAUAUAGCUAAUAAUAAUACUUACUAUAAAUAAAAUAAUUGCUGGAAUUUGUGAAAUUAAUACAUAACUGAUUAUGAGAAAAUUAAUUAUUAUAUUUUUCGGCUUACUCACGUAAUUAUUUGACAAGGAACUCAACUAGUUUCAAGCCAUGCUAGAGGCUCAUAUUCAUAAGCAGCAUUCCGCGACACACAACGCGGCGACGGUCGCGCUGCUAUUCUGAAAAAAAACUCCGAAAAACAUAACAAUUAUCAUUAUAAUUAUCAAUAAUUAUCUCACGAAAGUUUUAAUAUAAACUUUGUGAAAGUUAUUCUGAAUGUAUGUAAAAAGUUUGAUAAAGCUGUCGCUUUAUCAUCGCCCCUUUUAUCCCCGAAGGGGUAGGCAGAGGUGCACAUUACGGCACGUAAUGCUGCUAUACAAUAUACGCCCACUUUUCACCAGUUGCUAAGGACUGUGUCAAGGAACUAUUAAGUGACUGUUAGUACGGCAGUUAGUCCGUCUCGCAAGAAUGAGUUCCACAAAUAACCUACCUUUUUUAAGGGGGAUACAUCAUCCAAUGACUUCUCCCGCCUUGGGCGAGGCAAGAGACAGUGUCAGACUCUUACUGACUAAAAACCACCCCGUUCCUACUUCUGCUUUUCGAGCCGGAGCUCCGAUAAACCCGUUAGGUAGUCCGCAGUCUCCGGAACAGAAAAUAAUUACCUACAUUCAUAAAUUUAAUGUGUUACAGAACAUACAACAAGACAGACAUACUUUAUACAUAAUUGAUAUGAAAACAAUACAAAAACCUUAAAAAAUCAAUAAUAACAUAGCUAUUUGUAAUAUUGUUGUUCUCAAAAAAUGGUAAAAUAUAAGAUGAAAAUAUUCAGUCAUUAUACUACUAUAAAAUAAUGCUCAAAAAAUAUAAACAAAGUUCUGAUAUUCGUAUGUAAAUAUUAAUAAAUAUAGUUCGAUUCAUUAAAAAUUGUAAAUAAUUAAUAAAACAUAGGUAACAUGGCGGAUGGAUUUUUCAAUGUUUUUUGUUUUAUUUUUUGCAAUUACCACCUUUUGCGACGUGUUUUAAAACAGCCAGUAUCUCUUUGUAAAAUUAAUUAGAAGAUUCCAGUAAAAAAAAAACUAUUAAAAAUAUUAUUUUCCUCUUGUAACAACUACCGUAAAACGGGGUAAAUAGAAUUCAAGGGGUGAAUAAAUGUUGGGAAAAUGUUCUAACAUCUAUUCACCUCAUUCUUGUGUCUAUUCACCCUUUGAAUUCUAUUCACCUCGUUUUACCGUUACCUAACCUAGUCAACGAUUCUAAUAUAUUUUCCAACUUGAAAAAAGAUUUCAAAAUGAAGUCAAUUAAAUAUGUAUUCGAUAAAAUGAAUAUAGAAAUUAUAAUAAUAUAAAUCCGUGGCAGACUUUAUAUAACAUAUAAGUAUUUAAACAUAACUAAUUAAAUAAUACGACUUACUCCCGAGUACUCAAACGCUACUCAAUUUUAAGUUGUACUUAAAUAUCGUGCUAUCUCUGUCAUUUUAUAAAGAAUUGAUAGUGACAGUACUACAUACGUCUUAAAAUUGAGUUGCGUUUGAGUAUUCGGGCAUUACUCAUAUAACUAACUCACUCGUAGUAAUUAUGAAACCCGACUGUGGCUUGAAACUAAUCGGGCCACCUCAAUUAGUUACAUAAGUCAGUCGUAUUAUGUAAUUCAUUUAGUAAGUGUCGCGGUAGUUAUUAUAAUAAAAUAAUUUAAUUUAUUUUAAUUAAUAUUUUGUUAUUUUUAUCUUGAAACGUUAUAAGCUGUACCUACAUUAUUUUAAUUUCAACGUUAUUUAUAAUAAUUAUAAAUAUUAUAAUAGGUAUAAUCGAUUUUACAGAUUUAUGAAUAUUUGUAUGUAUUUAAAUUAAUUAAUAGUUCUAAUUUAAGCUGUUUAUUGUAACAACUUACUAGGUAAUGAGACAUGAGAUUAUUAUUGUUAUUUCCAUAAGCAUAUUUAAUCAUUUAAGAACAUUAUAAUUAGAUAUUAAACUUAAAUUCUACCUCUACCAAACACUAGUCCUUGUGACUGCCGAGUGAGGAAUCACAGGAUCGAUUCUCAAGUCGAGCAAAGCAUUGUUGGAGUUUUUUAUAUAGGGUAACUGGUAAUUAGUGAACGAUAUUAUACAAGUACAAUCACGUGUUUAAAUAUCGUUCACUAAUUUAAUUACCAGUCAUCCUACAUAUCGGAUAGCAUAAUAUCAGGGAAUCAAUCCAGUUUACAGUCAGACUCAUCCCUUUUUUUGGAGGGGGAAAAUCAUCCAUUGACUUCUCCCGCCUUGGGCGAGACGAGAGGGAGUGUCAGACUCUUACUGACUAAAAACCACCCCGUUCCUACUCCUGCUUUUCGAGCCGCAGCCUCGGUAAACCCGCUAGGUAGUCCACAGCUCCGGAUCAGGCAUCAGCCCUAUUGGGCCCCGUCUGUAGUGGUCUGAUGGCUCUUCGAGGCGCGCGCGACGCGCCGCACGCACUACAAACGCACGUACUUAAAAUAUGGGAUGACAGGAAACACAAUUUUAAUUCCACAUAGCUCUAAAAAUAGAAAAAAUCUGAUGUCUCAUUACCAUAGACAAAAAAAUAAUUUACCAUUAGCUAUGCCAUUACCGUAAUUGAAUCUAUGGUAUAACCAUAGUCUAGACUAGCCAUGUAAAAUACCAAAAACGUAUACUUUGAACUAAGAUUUGAACGUUUAAAUCUAAAUAUUUGUUAUCUCCUGUAAAUAUAAUAAGAAAUAAUAAUUAUUAUUUAUAAUAAUACUAUUGUAAUAGUAAAUUAGUCUUAUUAUUAGAUAAUUUGUAUAUAAAGUCAUCAGUGUUACUAAAUCAUUUAAUGUAAAUACUAUUUCGGUGAUCAUGUAUGCAAUAAAUAAUAAAUUUCCUUGGA